AAUAAUGAAUUCCUUUGAAACGCGACAAGAAGCGCUGAAAACCUCGGCUGUUGCUUACUUGGCCACCUGUAAGGGAAAUCGGUGUUUACAAGACAGUUUUUGGAAUAAUUUGACAAAGUUUACCAAAACAGUCAUGUCACGCAAGUAUUUUGGUGUCUCAAAAAUGAAUGACUUGCUGUCAGAUAAAUUAAGCGAUGUUCUUGUGUGUGAUGGUACCUUUGUCUCCCUCAGGCAGCCGCCGCCACCGAGGCACCAGUUAAACGAGGUGCUUGUUGUGGAUUCUGAUUCAGAUGAGGAGUGUUCCAUCAGUGGAGUAGACGUAGCUGGAGCUCGAGGCCGAAAAGAGAAUAUGGCCGCAGAUGCAAACUACCCUGAUAAGCAGUUUCUUGACCGCGUGAUAUCUAUUUUAUUCCCGUUAAAUGGACAGUGUGGAUAUUGGCAGUUUAUCGAGAAGUAUCAUUCAAAAUAUGGACCCCUGCAAGAUAUUGAAAAUAAAAUAAAAAGUCACGGUGAAUUUGUUUCGCACAUUGGUGAUACUCUCUAUCUAAUGCCAAAAGCAUAUGACUAUCGUAAUGCACUGAAUGGAAGUGUGAAUUUGCAGAAUGUAAGCCAGAAUGUAACAGUGCCAGCCAGCUCAACCAUGAAUGUACGCCAGCCCUGGGGAUCUGGAGUUAGCCUAUCAG